AUGUUUGAAGGUUCAUUAUUUUCUUCUUCAAGUUCAACAUGGAGCAAGCUCUCAAUCUCCUUCAUUGGAGCAGCCUCUGCUCUCAUACUCCUGUUUUGCCUCUACAAGCUCCUAAAAGAUAUCUAUCUCUCAGUCUUCACAUAUCAGAGACAUCUACCCUCUGAUCACAAUCCAGAAACCCCUUCAUUAGAUUCUGAGACUCGAGGUCUCAAUAUCGACGUUAUAAACUCUCUACAGGCAAAUCAAUACAAGAAGGAUGCUGACUCUGGCAGCUCUGACUGUGCAAUUUGUCUCGCGGAAUUUGGAGAAGGGGAGUUAUUGAGAGUUCUGCCUAGCUGCUCGCACUCGUUUCACGUUUCCUGUAUUGAUACUUGGUUGAGCUCUCAUUCGGAUUGCCCACUCUGUCGGAAAAAAGUUUUGGGUAAGUCUGGCGAUACUUCUCCUCGUGUUCCAUUUGCUGUGUCAUUGGAGACUCUGCCAAGAGAAGAUAUGAGUGGCGUUAGGCUUCUUGAUUACCAUCUUCUAGAGUUUGAGGCGAUGAGAAACUAG